GCCUUGGUGCCUGCGUAUGGUAUGCGAUUCAUGGCCCUUUUUUAAGGAAUUUUCAGCCGAUGGGAAAUUUACAAAUCAAUCAUCUGAUAAGAGAAGAAAAAUCAUAUUGGACAGCCCAAAUUUUCAGGGCAGACUACCAUCUGCAACCUUGGAAAACAGUCUUCCAUCUCUGCAGGAGGAAUAUGGUUAUGAUCCCUGUAUAACUAGAGGAUCAUAUUACAAGGAAGCCAAUGAUUGUUUGCUUUCUCUGAAAACAUCCAUUGAAAACCUUCAUCAGAAGAAUCUGUUUCUAUAUAAUCCAGAAGUGCUUCUAAAACGUUUAACAAGAUUUCAGGAACUCUGCUCUGAGUAAGGUAACCAUGACAUUUCUCUGAGUAUGACCUAUUUAGGUACUCCAGCUCCAACAUUGAGCUCCAUCAGUUUCUUAAAGAUUAAGAAGAAACAA